GCAAGGGUACCGUCCAUUUUGAUGCGGUGUUUUGAAUGAAUUGGCGCUUCAUGGAGAUCGUGAUUCGUGAUUGAGCCUUUGAUUUGCCUUUGCUACCCUAAAUGUAUCUUGCAAGCAUCAGAUUGAUGCUUAAAAAUAUGCCAUGAUGAAUGAUGCUCUAUCAAGGACAAAUGCCUGGGUGAACCGGGCUGGAGUUGUCUUGGACCCCACACCAGUACUCGCCAGUCAACCUCAGCCAGAGUUGCCUACACAGAGUGACCAGGAUGGUAUUGCAGCUAGCAGAAGGGAGUUCCCCAUUCCCUCUGAGCUUGCCACUGCAAUUAUGCAACUGGACGCCAGUGCCGAUCAAGCGGAGCACCAGCAGGCCAAGGAGCAGGCCCGACUACUUCAGCGGUUCCAGCAACUCAAGCAGUGGCAGCACCAGCAGCAGGAACGCCUGCUGCGACAGCAGCAGGAGCAGCUGCAGCUGCUGCAGCUGGAACAGCAGAGGGUGGAGCAGACACUGGUAGCACAGCGCCAAAAGCAGUGGGGAGGUAUUCAACAAAUCCAGCAAUCACCACUAAGGACUCGACCUGGUCCCCAUCAGCAGAGGAACCCCAGUUCCAGUCCUUUCAGAUCCAACCUCCCAGAUGCCGUGGCUAAAGCCUCCAUUGCUUUGGGCCAGACUGCUGGCCCGCUGGUCCUCAAUCCGCUUCUGAUGAAUGCUCAGAGAGAUGCCCAGGAUCCUGCAUACCUGAGGACUGAUUCUGACUUGGCUAGUGAAUCGGCCAGCUCAGUUGUCGAGGAAGGAGUGUACCCUCUCCCUGAUACAGCAUCGGAGAUGAGCUUUGGUGUCAUUGAGGAGGAUGAGGAAGCGGUAACUCCUACCAAUGGUCAAGAUGAGGCCAAGGAACAAGUUGACGAGGAUAAUGCAGAGACGGAUAACUCCCUCGAUGAGAGCUUACAAGAUGCUGCUGCACUUAACCGCAAGGUGAGCGAGACCAGCCGUCCCCCAUCCACCAAGCUGUUGUCAGGAGAUGAUCGUCCCAUCCAGUCAGCUCUUGGCUCCAAGGCUAAGACAUUUGAGGAGCUGCUGGAGCAGCAGCUGAAAAGCGAAGCAGAGAAGUAUCAGUCUCCUGAGAACCCCCCUCAGGGCACUUCCAAAGACAGCCCCAGGCGUGCCUUCCUCCGCAAAGGGGCAGGCACAGCCCGCUUUGGGGUCAUUUCCAAGAAACCACCCAAGCCGCCGUCACCCAGAAUGACUCACACCAGCCUCACCAGUGAGGAGCCGAGGGCCGGACGGGGCAAAGUGGGGCCUGGAGGCUGUAAGAAGAACAACUCGGGCAUUGGUCACAAGCUGACACCCUUGUCAAUGAACAAGCUGUCGCUGGUCAAGAAGGAGGGGAAGGAGGCCACAAAAGAAGAUGACAGAAAGAAGAUAGAGAGGGGAAAGCGGGGCGAGAAAGAGGAGAUACCACAGAUGGCCCGUAAAGUGGCCACCAAACCAGCAGCAGCAGCCACCAAAACCAGCCAGAAUGCACUGUCAAAACAGCCACUCCCCAGUAGCCAGCCACAGCAGUCAGGGGCCAGCAUUGAGCAAGGUGUCCCUGGGCAGGGCAAAGCUGCCAGUCUCCCUGCCAUAAUGAUGGACGCGGUACCCCUGCCUCAUGAGGAAGACUCCCACGGCCACCAGUUGACUGCAGAGGGUGCCCAUCCAGAUGAUACCAUCGAGAUGUCCUUUCAGAUGAGGAUGAAGGAGUGGGAGAGGAAUGAGAAAGUAGAGCAGGAGGAGUUGGAUGAGUUUGAAUUGCUGGAGGAGGCAGCUGAUGACAAUGCAUCCUUUGCCAGCGAUGCAUCCAUAGUGGUCAACAUGAUACAGCGAGCCAAUGAGCGUAAGCAAGGUAACGGAAUUUCAUCAAACAGGUUACAGCCACCGUCAAAAUCAGUGCUCAUUCAAAGACAGAGGCCUCAAAGAUCAGAUGUAGCAAUCAGAACAGAGUCAGCACUAUUCAAGUCACAUGAUCAGUCACCUGACCCAUCACAUAAGGGCAAAGCACACAGUGGAGUGGAGAAUGGUGGCGAAGACGAGAGUUUCUCUGUUGGGGAUCAAACACUGACGGGAGAUAAUGAAAAGGAGCAAAGCCUGGAGUCAUAUGGUCAAGGUUUUUCUGGAAGGAUAGACACAGAGUGGUGCGGAGCUGGAAGCCCAACAGAGGAAGACUCUGAUAUGGCGUCUCAGGAAAAUGAUGAAGUUGCUGCAUUAGCAUCUCAAGGAAGGAAAAGGUUAGUAGGCCAGGCAAGAGGGCCUGUAAGGGACUCAACGCAGAAAACAGAUGAGAAAUACACUAGCUCUCCUGAUGCCAGAAUCAACAGGAGUGACUCUGAUGAAGAUGGCGAGGAUCCUGGGAAAGAGGGAGAUGGGGAAGGCAUUGAAGAUGCUGCAGAAGAUGAUGCAGGGAAGUCCAGCCGGCCCAUGAAGAGGAUCGCUGUGACCUCCUCACAUGCAGUGGAUGUGAACUUUGAUGAUGAUGAGAGCUGGGGGGACUUUGGGGAGGCAGAGUCGGAGAGUAUUGAUGACAAUGAAGAUGAAGAUGAAGAUGACAAGGACAAUGAAGAAGACGAUGAUGAUAAUGAGGAUGAAAGUGUCAUCCUUGCAGGAGCACCCACUGCGACAUCCACCCCACCGCCACCCAUAUUCAGCAAAGGACACAAGUCUGUUUUUGACAGAAGAGAAGAAUCCACCAGAGCAACAAUGCAACCAGAGGCCACGGCAUCCCCUCCCACAUCAUCCCUGGUGUCCAAACUCUUCCCUAAGCUGAAACCCACGCAGAAGACCAGCAAGCCCAGCCAGGAAAAGGCAAAAGCAGCACAGCCACCCACAAAACCUGCAGAGACAUCGGUUGCAGAGGGACUUCAGUCCAAACUACUGAAAGAGAAACUUGUUGAGCUGGAGGCAGAAAUUGCCAAGUUCAGACGAGAGAACACUGCCUUAGCAAAGCUGAGAGAGGAGAGGGAGAAGGGCCUUGCAGCCUUAGAUAAAGAAGUGGUUGAUUUCCAGAAUUUGAAAGCAGAGGAACUGAGGAACCUACAAGAUUACAAGGAGGAAGAGAUGAAAAAGCUCAGGAAAGAGAGACGAACCUUUGAAAAGUACCAGAAGGCAGCAAGAGCUCUGCCAGACAAGAAGGACCGGGAAGAAAUUGAGCUCCUCAAGAAGCAGUUGUCAGACCUGCAGGAGGAGAUGAGUCGGCGAGAGACAAGGUGGACGGCAUCAUCCACUCGCCUGAGGGACCGCAUCGACAUCCUGGAGAAGGAAAAUACAGAGCUGAGGGAGGAGGUCAAGCUGUUGGAACAGCAGCGUCUGCAGGCCUGGAAGAGAGAGGAGGAAAAGGUGAAAUCAAAUCAGCCAAAACCUAAGCUGCAAGUGCCUGUCAUCAAUAAACAGAAGCUCCCUCCUCUUUUGACCGUCUUGGACCCAGAGCCACAACCAGAUGUACAAGAUGUAAAAGACACGAAGAGGGAGGCAGCCCAAGAAAAUUCCAAGACUGCCCAUAUGGCGACACAUCGUCAGGUCACAAACUCCAAACCAGAAAAUGCUGCCGCAAUUCAGAAGACAGUGGAAUCCAGUGAGGACGACACUCCACUAUCCACCCAGCCCCGCAGACCACCCCAGAGAAAACGGUCCGUCCGAUUUGACGUUGACAGCAGCCCUCAGAAGCAGCCCGGCAUAUCAACAGUGGCAGCUGAUGAAUCGCUGGAUGCCUUCAGCACCACUACUGCUCUGGGUGCUUCAUCCAGAGAAAUGACUGUACUAGACUCCAGAGGGAGGGAGAUCAGUGAAGGGAACAGAUCUAUGAAUAACAAUAAUGACGAUGACAAGGAGGAAAUACAUCACCCGGAUGGAAAGAUUGAGGAGAUCAGGAAUGACGGCAGUCGGGUGAUCACCUAUAGCAACCAGACCCGUAAGGAGAUUAGUGCAGACGGUCAGUCAGUCAUCGUCACCUUCUUCAAUGGUGACAUCAAGCAGAUCAUGCCGGACCAAAGAGUGAUGUAUUACUAUGCACAGAUGCAGACCACACACACAACCUACCCUGAUGGUCUGGAAAUCAUACAGUUCAGCAAUAAUCAGACUGAGAAGCACUACCCGAAUGGAACCAAGGAGAUCACAUUCCCCGACCAGACCAUCAAAUACCUGUUCCCCAACGGCAACGAAGAGAGCAUCUUUCCUGACGGAACGGUACUCCGAGUGGAGCAGAAUGGCAACAGAACCAUGGAGUUUCCCAAUGGCCAAAGGGAGGUUCAUACAGCACAAUACAAGAGAAGAGAAUUUCCUGACGGCACUGUGAAGACGGUGUAUCCAGAUGGUCGGCAGGAGACGAGGUACUCCUCUGGGCGGAUACGAGUCAAAGACAAGGAUGGCAGAGUUAUCUUGGACAAAAAGUGAAAGACCCCCCCCCAUUUGCUAACCCUUGUUGACCCACUGUCGUGGGCAUUGCUAGGGGUGGAAAGAAAUUUUAAAAAUUUUAAAUAAAAAAGGGUUACAGAAAAGGCCCAAAAAAGCAAAAAUCUUUUUUAUGCGCGGAAAUACCUCAAAAUCGGCUCCCAUCCCCUGUCAGUGGUUUCCAUUUUGCUGUUAAUGAGUUCUGGAUGUGUCUUCAUUGAAGCAGACAUGGUAAUUAAUUGCAGCAGUAGGAAGUCAGAUGAGACUGUGUUUGCGUUAAACCCAUUUAUGGCUCGAUGGCAUCUAGAGAAGGAUCCCUGUCCCAAUGUUUCAAGCAGUCCCCCGUCCAGUGCCCCCUGAGGCUGGCUCAUACAAUGCAAAAACAAAGCAAAUCUAACGUCACAAAUCACCUGCAGCCAACUUCCCCCAAGUUGAAAUGUGUUUAACCGUUGCGAAUUUGCAGCACGAAUAUUUGAUCAGACCUCACAAAUUCGAAUUCCUGUUUGUUUUUGCGCCAGAGAUGGAGUGCCUUUAAGGCAAGACGUGUAUCACAUUGUGUUUUAAAAAAUGAAUACCACAUCCACAGUCCUCCACACUUCACCCCACUUGUUUCAGACCAAAAUAUUGUUGCAAAAGAGAACAUUCAAACAAAAAGAAUUGUCUAAUCGCAGUAUAUUGGGUUACUCGGCAAUUUUUAAUCUUCGUCAGCUUUUGUGAAAAAAAAUAGAAGUUGCCUAUGUUAGGAAUCUCACGACCCCGCCAAUACACCCCCUUGUAUUUUUCUGAAACACUGUCUUGUGUAUUUAAUUUGUAUUUAUAUAGCAAUUCAAUGCUGCCAUUUCCAAAAGUAUGUUUAAACCGAACUAGUAUCUAUGGUAGAAUAUACAUAUAAUAUGUUGGGACUUGUAAAAGCUUGUACAGGAUUUUUGUGAAUGAAAUAAACUAAAAAUGUGUAUGUAGAAA